AUGCCCAUCGACUACACUCCCUAUCCUCAUGUGCUGAACCAGCUCGGCGGGCCGACAGCACCAAAGUAUACAUACCUGAUCUUCUACUCGUCCAUAGUAGAUGGGCCAAAUGGGCAGCCGAAACAGAUGUGGUGUCCGGACUGCCGCGAUGUUGAGGGGAUCGUGAAGGCCACUUUUGGGGGUGCCAAGCAGCCAAAAGCCGUCAUCUGGUGGGUCGGCGAGAAGGCUGAGUCUAGAUGGAGAACGCCAACAAAUCACGCCCGGUCUCACUGGAACGUCCAGAGCGUGCCGACCAUCUUGCGCUUGGAGGAGGGGAAGGAGACAGCUCGGCUGGUCGAGGGCGAGAUACUGGACCAGGAUAGGUUAGCGGAGUUUGUCAAGACGGAAUAG